AUGAGCACUCCAGACGCUUCUCCUCCUACUGGCACUGGCCUUGAAGUCGAUAAAGAUUGGGACGACAGCCCCUAUGUAAUGGCGCGCAUUGCGAUCACCAAGCCCAGCGCGGAACAGAACCCUGACGCAUUCGCCCUCCUCAAACGGCUUCACAACCAGAUGUUCGGGUUCAACGAUACUUGGCCAGAUGCCAUCAAGAUGCUGUAUGAAAAGCCCUCGUUAGCCUCGAUGGUCCGCGAGUGGCCCGCCUUCCUCGUCUUCCCCUGUCUGCGCGGUCCGAGCGGCGAGAAAUUCAACAUCGACCUCGCGCGCAGAAUCCUGCGUGACGACCAGAUGAGAUUUCGACUUGGGUAUGCGGUGUCGGUCCUGGGCAAAAUCUUUGAGGGCCGCGGAAAUAAGGAGUCCAAGGAGCGAUUUUCUGAGCGCUUGUGCAACAACAUACUGUGGAAGAUAUGGAAGCGGAGGGAGCCCGAGGUGAGAAUGUUUUGGCGAAAGCUGGAAGAGGAGGGAAAGAUUCCGGAGGAAGAAGAGGCUGGAGUGGGAAAAGCGCGAGAAGAGCAGCCUGAAGAGGGAUCCCCGAAUUCUGGGAAGAAGUGGAGAGUGAGCGGAACUCCCUUUGAUAGGGGCGUCUCCAGGGCGAAUUCGGACUUGCAUGCGCUCGGAAAUAAGCCAGAGUUGGAGUUUGACGCUGACGCAUGGCAAGAUCCGGAGCCCGAAUCACCCUCGGCCGACACGCCGAUGAGCGAUGAGGAGAUGGAUCGAAACUUAACCACAGUUGGCCAUGGCUGGGAUGGAGAGCGCAUCUUCUAUCGGCGUGGAACUGAUGGCCAGUGCGACCAUUGUCAGGGUUCGCUUCCACACGGCCCAGGGAGAGAGGAGUUAGUUUAG